UGAUCUGUUUUGCGUAUAUUGGUUCUAAUGAGAGUACCAGCUGUUGUACUGACCACAAUGCUUUUCCUGCUGAUCUCAGCAGAGAAACCGUUAUUCGAAAACUUGAGUGUGAUCAAGACGGUUGACAUGACCGAGGCCAUCGUGAAUGUGACGAUUCGUUAUCAGGUCUCUCCUUCGCAAGAUGACCUGGUGGACUAUCAGGUUGCUAUUCCGAACUCGGAUAUUGAGCAUAUGGCGUAUAUUGAGACAUCUGCACUCAGAAAAGCGUCGCUCUCUUUGAAGAAGGAUGAACUGCAGCCCAUUGAAGGAGUCACCCUGUAUACUGUCCACUCCUCUGACAAGAUCUCGAAUAAGUUUGUGUUUUUCGUGAAUUACUACCUCACUCAUGUAUUUGUUCCCGUACCAGCGACGAUCACUCAGCAAGAGACUCCCAAAUACGUGUUCAACCAUGAUCUCUACGUUCAGUCUCCGUAUCCUUCCCAGAAGCAGGAAAUCCGCUUCAAUCUCCCCGCCUCCACCAUUUUCUCCUACACCGACCUUUCUCCCAACUCCAAGAACGGCAACACCCUGACCUACGGUCCCUUCGCCUCCCUUUCCCCGUUUGUUUCCCCGGUUUCCGUGCGCAUUCACUUCCCCAGCGUCGCCAAAUUCCGCACGCUGGAGACCGUGGAGCGCGAGAUCGAGAUCUCCCACUGGGGCAACGUGGCCAUCGAGGAAGUGAUCCGCGCUCGGAACAGCGGCAGCCCGCUGACGGGAGAGUUCUCUCGCCUGGACUACUACAAAAGCGACCCGGACUCCGUUCCGUAUUGGGAGGAAUUGACCGCGAGGAUCGACAGACGCGCUAUGGACGUGUACUAUCGCGAUAUUCUGGGGAACAUCACGACGUCGCACGUGCGCAGACAGCCGGGCAGCAUGCUGGUGGAGCUGCAGAUGCGGUUCCCGAUGCUGGGCGGGUGGAAGAACGAGUUCUAUUGGGGGUACAAUCUCCCUUCGAACCGCGUGCUGAAGAAGGAGGGCGAGCACUUCUCGCUGACGGUGCCGUUCAGCACGCCGAUCGAGCAGGUGGACGUUCAGGAAUUGACGGUGCGUGUGAUUCUGCCCGAGUGCGUGAAGAACGUGGAAUUCUCGCUGCCGGAAGGCGUGGAAGCGAUGCCCGUGCAGAAACGAUUCACUUAUCUGGACAGCUCGUUCCGCGGACGACCGGUGUACGAGUUCAAGAAGCGGAAUUUGAUUGAGCUGCAGAAGGGAGAAACGAUCACGGUGACUUAUGACUUGAAUCAGAUGAUGUUGUGGAGAGAGCCGCUGAUGUGCAUCGGAGCGUUCGCUGGACUGUUCUUCUUGAAGGCGGUGAUUCACUGGCUGACGUGGAGAAAUAAUGACAAGGUAAAGAGGGAUUAA